AUGGAUCGAAAGGUAUCAUCCUCCUCCAAACCAUCCUCAACUACUUCUUCUUCAUCAUCUUCCUCUUCUUCAUCCUCCUCUGCAACAACUACAGGAACUGGUACGAGUAGGUCAACAACAGGUAGUGGUGCAGUUGUAGGUAAAAGAGUACCUACGACGACGACGACGACUACAUCAUCUACAUCGUCACCAACAUUAACAUCAACAUUAAAGACAAAACCAUUGUCAUCUAUUACAUCGGUACCUAGAGCUCCUGUCACUUCUAAACAUGCAUCGUUACCAAACUUAACAACUGGUAGAACACCUCCUAUAACUAGUAGUAGUACUACAACCGGUACAUCAACUACAAGAGUUGUAAGAAAACCAUUGUCUACCACAUCAACUUCUUCAACAUCUCCGACUUCAACAAGAACAACAACAACAACAACAACAUCAUCAUCGUCGGGUAGAACUAUACCAAGUAGUAGAACAACUACGACUACCACGUCAAGACCUACGUUGACAUCAUCUUCAACGAGAACAACUACCUCUUCUGCAAGAUUAACAGCACAGAAACAAACCCCUAUAGGUACGAGUAGAACAACAAGUGUUGAGUCACAAAAACAACAACAACAACAACAACAAGCAGCUGCAUCGGUGACACCAGUGAUUGAUCUUACUCUAUCAACAAGCUCAACUGCAUCAAGCGAAGAUAGUUCUUCAUUGUCACCAGAGUUUGAUAGAGUUGUAUCAGAGUUUAUUGUACUUGAUGAACAAGAAGAAGAAGAGGAAGGAGAUGAUAAUGAUGGAGGAGAAGAUGGACAACCAAGUGAAGAAGAGAUAUUGGAUGUUGAUGAAUACCAUCUUCACAACAACAACACUGAAAGUUACCAAAUGGAAGAAGAUGAACAACAAUAUGAAGAACAAGAUCAAGUGGAACAAGAUCAAGAGCAAGUUGACAACCAACAACAAGACCAAAUAGAAAAAGAAGAAAAUCUUAUACUUGAACAGCAAGCUAUUUACGAUCAAAUUCAAUUGGAUAACCAAAAUGCAGCGGCAGCAGCAGCUGAAGCUGAAGAAAGAGCAAAGGAAGCAAUGGCAAUAGAAGAGAGUGAAAAGAAGAAUAAUAGAAAAUCACGUUGGUUCUCAUCAUUGCUCAACCUCUUGCCAUCGGCAUCAUCCAUUUCAACUAGUAUAUCUACUACAAUUGCAAGUUCAACCAACGCAAUGGAGGAUACAACAACCGUUACUACAACCUCUGCAUCGUCAAUGCCAAUAUCAACAUCAUCGUCAUCUGCAUUUGUCAGUCUUGAAAAAUCAACAGAUAUACAUUACUACUCUACUGAAAAUACUGGUGUCAAUAACAACAAUGAUCAAAUGGAUACUACCACUACUACCAGUACUAGUUCAUAUUCAAAUAAUAAUAAUAAUAAUAUUACAUAUGAAACUGAUAAUAGUUAUUUAAUGAUGUCUAAUCAAACACAAGAACAACAUUAUACAAUUGGUCAAGAUCAAUCAUAUGGUGGUAGCCAUACAACAACAAGAUUAUCACAAACUCAACAACUUUAUGUAGAGAAUGUUCAACCUUUGCAACAAGAGGAACAACAACAACAACAACAACAACAACAACAACAACAACAACAACAACAACAACAAGAGGUGGAGCAAAUACAAGAACAAGAACCAAUUGUUUAUAAAUCACCUCCAUUACCAAUACAAUCACAACAACCUCAUCCACAUCAUUUGAUGAUGCAUCGUCAAUCACAACAUUAUUAUCAACAACAACAACAAUAUCAACCAUCACCACCACAAUAUUAUCAAUCAACACCAAACCUAUUACAAUAUAGCAAUAAUCGAAAUAGUGUACAAAUACCCCAACAUAUGAUGUAUCCACACAACCAACCAAAUGGAGUGGCUAUUCUACCAUAUGUAGUGUCACCUACAAAAGCAGUCAAUAUAUUCCAAGAGUGGUACAAGUCACUAUGGUUUGCACCAACCAAUUUCAGAGAACAACUUGAAAAGACACUAGAGAUAUCCUAUCUCUUUGUGCCAUACUAUGCUUUUACUGCCCUUGUAACAUCGACUCAUAGAGGUCGUGUUGGUCAUCUCAGAAACAACCAACAACAAGCGUUGGUUGUCGAUGGUAAUAGUGGAAGAUCUCUUAGUGAAACUGAAGAGAUUGAAUGGAGUAGAGCUACAUCUCAUCCAUAUACUCAAUCUCAUAAUGAUGUUUUGGUAUAUUCUCCUAUUGGUUCAAAUAUGAAUGAACAACACCAACAACUACAAAUACUACAACAACAAAACAGCAAUCAUAUAUCAACAGAUAACCCACCACCCUAUGUCGAUACAAAGGAAAUAGCCAAUUGGAAAAUUGAAUUUACUGAACCAUUCCAUUCACAACAUCCACAAUUAAAUUUCCCCAUCACUGAUAUCUUACCAGUUUCUCCACAAUUAAAUGGUGGUAAUCAAAAUUUAUUAUCUUAUCCUCAACAACCAAAUCAAAAUAAUCAACAACAACCAAAUCAACAACAACAAAGCUAUUUAAAAAAGGAUCCAAAUUUAUUUAAAAUUGCAAAACCAUUGGAAAAGAUUUCAUGGGAAGAAGCUUGGAAAUAUGCUGAAACAAAGAUUAAAAGAAAUGAGUGUUAUGGAAAUGACCAAAAAUUAAAAAGAGAUCAUUUGGCACAUACUGUAGCUGAUACUGAAACUACUACAACUUUUGAUAAUAUUACAUAUAGAACUAUUUAUAUGCCAAUUUAUAAUAUUAGUUAUUUAUUUGAAGGUGAAAGAUAUAAUUUUAUAAUUAAUGGACAAAAUGCAAGUAGUUUUGGAGAGAGACCCUAUGGUAUGGGAUCAAUUAAAAACACAGCUAUUAGAUUCUUGACUGCUGGUAUAUUUGACAAGGCUGGAUCGACCAAGAUUGACAAACAAACCGUCACAACCAAUGGAAUGAUCAAAGGAGCAGAUUUGAAUCAAAUCGAUGAUGACCAACACUAUCUCGAAGAUAGAUUUUAUCUAUUACUACCAGCAUCUGAUCAAUUCCUAAUGAUUAAAACAAUUGGUUUUGUUGUUUUAAAGAAUACAGGACUUAGUGACUUGGUAUUGGAAUCACAUAGAAGAAUGAGUGAUGAAUUGGGAGGAGAAUGCAUAUUGGGAGCAGGUGAUACUCAAACAUUUACAUUUAAAGGAUGUUGGUGUAUUGGUAUUAAACAAGGUGAUCCAUCUUUACUAGAACUAGUACGAGUAGAAACAAAUGGUGGAAGUGAUAAACCAACUGGCGAUUUAAGCAUGGCCUAA